UCUGUUCACUCUGUUUCCGAGAAAGAAAAAAAAAAGAGAAAAUAUCGUUUCUUCCUCCACACGUAACCCAAAGCUCGUUAUCAUUUUAGGGUUCUUGUCCCCAAAAAAAACCCUACAAAUAUCUGUUAGAGAGAUACAAAAUUAAAAAAAAAAAAUCAAUUUUACAGAGACCCAUUUAUCCAUUCGUCAGAGUGAAAAAUGGACCCAACGGAGAAACCAUCCGCCAAGCAGUCUUCUCGCCUUCCCACCCUACCAAGAGACUCCCGCGGCUCGCUCGAGGUGUUCAACCCGUCAACUUACCCGACCCGACCCGACAACCCGGUCUUCCGUCCGGAUCCGCCCACGUGGCAGAGCUGGAGGGAUCAGACCUCGCCACGUGGCAGUACCAACCCCAAACCGGAACCGGAACUCGAACAUGUCCCCAAACAAGUCCCGUCGGAGGAAAUCGCCGUCACCACCUCAUGGAUGGCCCUGAAGGACCCGACGCCGCCGAUCGCGAAGACGAUCACCGGCGAGAAACCGGCGGAGAAUUCGCCGGAGGGAGUGACGGCGGCGGAGCAGAGAGCGGCGGAGUGGGGGCUGGUGCUGAAGACGGACACGAAGACGGGUAAGCCGCAGGGAGUGAGCGUGAGGAAUUCCGGCGGGGAGCAGAACGAGCAGAACGGGAAGACGGGUUCGUCGAGGAGGAGCUCGAACAACUCGUUCAGGAGCUCCGGCGAAAUGUCCGACGGAGAAGCCGCCGGGAAAUCAGGGAACAACAUUCCGAGGGUGUCGGAGGAUCUGAAGGACGUGCUGUCGACGUUUCAGCAGACGUUUGUGGUAUCGGAUGCGACAAAAUCAGACUAUCCGAUCAUGUAUGCGAGCGCCGGUUUCUUCAAAAUGACUGGUUACACUUCCAAAGAAGUCGUCGGCAGAAAUUGUCGAUUUUUACAAGGGUCGGGGACGGAUUCAGAGGAAUUAGAGAAGAUAAGGGACGCAUUAGCGUCGGGAGCAAAUUAUUGUGGAAGGUUGUUGAAUUAUAAAAAAGAUGGGACCCCUUUUUGGAAUCUUCUUACCAUUACUCCAAUCAAAGAAGAGAGUGGCAAAGUCCUCAAAUUUAUCGGAAUGCAAGUGGAGGUGAGUAAGCACACUGAAGGGUCCAAGGAAAAGACGCUUAGGCCCAAUGGGCUUCCUGAGUCUCUGAUCCGUUACGACGCCCGCCAAAAAGACGCAGCGACGAGUUCAGUGACGGAGCUUGUGGAGGCGGUGAAGAGGCCUCGAGCCUUGAGCGAAUCUACGAAUCUCCAUCCCUUCAUGAGAAAAUCGGAGGGUGGUGGUGGAGCGGCGGAUGCUCCGGCCAAGCUUGGACGGAGAAAAUCGGAGCACGCGGCUCCGCCUGGCCGGAGGAACUCUCACGGCGGAGCUCGGAGAAACUCGAUGCAAAGGAUCAGCGAAGUCCCCGAGAAGAAACCCAGAAAAUCUUCUCGCCGCUCCUUCAUGGGGAUGAUGAAGAAGGGCCAACCCCACGCUGAGACGAUCGACGAUGAAUUUUUGGUAUAUGGAGAAGAAGAUGACGAUGAGUUGAGCGACAGAGACGAGAGGCCUGAGAGCGUCGACGACAAAGUGAGGCAAAAGGAGAUGAGGAAGGGUAUCGAUCUUGCCACGACACUCGAACGUAUCGAGAAGAACUUCGUCAUCACUGAUCCGAGGCUUCCCGACAAUCCGAUCAUCUUCGCAUCAGACAGUUUCUUGGAGCUCACAGAAUACAGCCGUGAAGAAAUCCUUGGCAGGAAUUGCAGGUUUCUCCAAGGGCCUGAAACUGAUCCUGCGACAGUGAGGAAGAUACGAAAUGCUAUCGAUAAUCAAACCGAAGUCACAGUUCAGCUCAUCAACUACACCAAGAGCGGCAAGAAGUUCUGGAACAUAUUCCACCUGCAACCUAUGCGUGAUCAGAAGGGGGAGGUACAGUACUUUAUCGGAGUACAACUAGACGGUAGCAAGCACGUUGAACCGGCCCGCAAUGCCAUUCCAGAGCCUGCUGUGAAAGAUGGAGAAGAACUGGUGAAGAAAACGGCUGUUAAUGUCGACGAAGCAGUACGAGAACUGCCUGAUGCAAACAUGACGCCGGAGGAUUUAUGGGCGAAUCACUCAAAGGUUGUCCAUCCGAAGCCUCAUAGGAAAGAUUCAACUUCCUGGAAAGCUGUCCAAAAGAUACUGGACAGUGGAGAACAGAUCGGUCUGAAGCAUUUUAAGCCGGUGAAACCAUUGGGUUCCGGUGACACAGGAAGCGUGCAUCUGGUGGAACUCUAUGGAACGGAUCAGCUGUUUGCGAUGAAAGCAAUGGACAAGAACGUCAUGCUCAAUCGUAAUAAGGUCCAUAGAGCUCGGGCCGAGAGAGAGAUUCUUGACAUGUUGGACCACCCUUUCCUUCCUGCGCUAUACGCUUCAUUUCAGACAAAGACGCAUAUUUGUCUGAUAACAGAUUACUAUCCAGGAGGAGAACUGUUCAUGCUCCUGGAUCGACAGCCCAGGAAGGUCCUCAAGGAAGAUGCCGUGAGAUUCUAUGCGGCUCAGGUCGUUGUGGCCCUUGAGUAUCUUCACUGCCAAGGUAUAAUUUACCGAGAUUUGAAGCCGGAAAACGUUUUGAUUCAGAGCAACGGUGACAUCUCCUUGUCAGAUUUCGAUCUGUCUUGCCUAACAUCUUGCAGACCUCAGCUGUUGAUGCCGAGUACGGAUGAGAAGAAGAAGAAGCAACAGAAGAGCCAGCAGGCUCCGAUCUUCAUGGCUGAACCUAUGCGUGCAUCCAAUUCAUUUGUUGGGACUGAAGAGUACAUAGCUCCAGAAAUUAUAACAGGGGCUGGACAUACAAGUGCAGUAGACUGGUGGGCACUCGGUAUUCUUAUGUACGAAAUGCUGUAUGGAUACACUCCAUUUAGAGGGAAAACCAGGCAGAAGACUUUCGCCAAUGUCCUCCAGAAAGAUCUCAAAUUUCCCAGCAGCAUUCCGGCAAGUCUGCAAGUGAAACAACUGAUCUUUCGGCUGUUACAACGUGAUCCAAAGAAAAGACUAGGCUGUUUUGAAGGGGCAAACGAAGUCAAGAAACAUUCUUUCUUCAAAGGCAUCAACUGGGCUCUCAUCCGAUGCACGAAACCUCCAGAGCUGGAAACUCCAAUAUUUUCCGGUGAAAACAACAAUGGAGAGAAAACUGUGGAUCCCGAGCUCGAAGAUCUGCAAACAAAUGUCUUCUGAGAAGUGAAACUUCCCUUAUGAGAUUUCUCUUCAAAAGAACAGUUCAACAAUGGCUUCAGAAGCAAAAUCCAAGUGCUAUCUUGUAAUCUAUAUUUGUUGGUGUGAUUUUUUUUUUCCUGAGAUUCCUUUGUUUUUUGUCAGUGAACAAAAAAAAAUUGCUUUUUUUUUGGGGCA